AUGACGAAGGAUGAUAUGAGAAAAUUAAUUAGCCGUGAUACCGAGUUAGAAGCCUAUUACUGCUUGGGUGAUGUAAGUUGGUUUGACAUAACCUAUCACUUAUUCCAAGCUUCAAUGAAAGGUCAAGAUUUGGCAACUAAAUGCCAUAAGGUGCAACGUCAAAAUUAUUCAAAUUUUGAUGAAAUAAGGCCUUGGGUAUUAAAUGAUGAUAACCCCGGAAUAUGGUUGAAAGUCGAUGAAGAACAACAAAUUGUAUCUUUUGUAUGUGAGGAAUCAGUAGAGAUGCUGAGUUAUAUUGUGAAAUAUAACUCUUUUGAUCCUCCCGCAUAUGACAAGUUUAAAAUUUGGUUCGCGCUUCAUUUCGUCAUCCCUCCUCAUUCCACUAGAGCGCAGCUCGUAUAUCCGCUCUUCCCUCCUCAAUUUUCUUCGAUCCCCCCCCCCCCCACCCCCCCAACCCCUCCCCCCACUUUCCCGUUUGUUGCCAACGUGAUUUCUAGAGGUUCUCCCUUCUCUUUAACCCCAAUUUCUUGCUCUUUCACCCAAGUCUUCUGCUUCCUCACUCUAUGGUUUCACAUUGAGAAUUCACUCUAUCCCGUCGAAAUCACUUGUCAUUACCUAAUUGUUCUCUUUUUCGACAGUCCUUAG